AUUUCCUCACCCCUCUCACCUCUCACCUUUUUUUAUCUUUCCCUCUAUCUCUCCUCCUAACUUCCUCUAUCUCCUUCAAGAUGGCUGCCCCUCAGGGUUACCCUUUGUUGUGCCUCGAGAACCCUCUCCUGGAUAUCCAGGCUGUUGGUGAUGCCGCUCUUUUGGAAAAAUACGGGUUGAAGGACAACGAUGCCAUCCUCGCUGAGGACAAGCACAUGGGUCUGUACGAAGAGCUCCUCGGCCGUGAUGCCAAGCUCAUUGCUGGCGGUGCUGCUCAGAAUACUGCUCGUGGCGCUCAGUAUAUCCUUCCCGAGAACUCCGUGAUGUACAUUGGCUGUGUUGGCCGUGACAAAUACGCCGACAUCCUGAAGGAGGCCUGCACCAAGGCUGGUGUUCACACCGAAUACCGUAUCGAUGAUGCUCAGCCCACCGGCAAGUGCGGUGUCAUCAUCACCGGCCACAACCGCAGCAUGUGCACUCACCUUGCUGCCGCCAACGAAUACAAGCUUGACCACUUGAAGCAGCCUCACGUCUGGUCUCUCGUCGAGAAGGCCCAGUUCUACUAUGUCGGUGGCUACCACUUGACCGUCUGCGUUCCUGCCAUCCAGGCUCUGGGUGAGGAGGCUGCUGCCAAGAACAAGGUCUUCAUGCUGUCCCUCUCUGCUCCUUUUAUUCCUCAGUUCUUCAAGGACCAGCUUGACAGCGUCUUGCCCUACACUGACUACACUUUCUGUAACGAGACUGAGGCUCGUUCCUACGCUGAGAGCCACGAAUGGGGUACCGACGACGUUGUCGAGAUCGCCAAGAAGCUGGCUCAGCUUCCCAAGAAGAACACCAGCCGCCCCCGCGUUGCCAUCGUGACUCAGGGCACUGACCCCACCGUCGCUGCCACCGUCAAGCCCAACGGUGAAGUCGAGGUCAAGCAGUUCCCCGUCCGCGAGAUCCCCAAGAGCAGCAUCAACGACACUAAUGGUGCUGGUGACGCCUUUGCUGGUGGUUUCUGCGCUGGUGUUGUCCAGGGCAAAUCCCUUGAGGAGAGCAUUGACCUUGGCCAGUGGCUCGCUUCUCUUAGCAUCCAGGAGCUGGGACCUUCUUUCCCCUUCCCCAAGCAGACCUACACCCCCUCCAAAUAAAUAUCCACCACUAAGCCAUCUCCUUAAAUCCAAGUCCCGUCCGACACCACGGGACUCAAGACAUUACUGUCUAUGGUUACUACCGAGUACAAAAAAACAUCUUUCUCUUUCUACUUUAGGAUUCAACCCUCUAUACCCAAGUUUCUUGUCGUUGACUUAACGUCUUUGACUAUUUCCUUUUUCUUCUUGGACCUUGAUCCUCAAUGAUUGUUAUGUGAAGAGCGCCUCACCCGGAUGGAUAUUCAAUAGAUAGACCGGAAUGGGCGGAUGACGUUCUCAACAACGAACUAUGACGACUAUACAAUAUUCUCCCAUUAUCAUAGUAAGAUUAGGGGGUGCACAU